AUGGCUUGCAUGGCAUCACCCGUGGCAAUCCGCCAUCCAUCACCGGUUCUGACCAUGGUGAAUGUUGUCACAGUGCCAAAGAGCCAGGCACCACAAAUCCAUGUGCCAGUUUCACCUGUGCCAAGCGCACGCAGCACAGCCUUACCGCAGCGUAGUCCCCAUGCAAUGAGCAACAAGACUCUGGGUCACUACAUUCUUGGAAAGACCAUUGGCGAAGGCACCUUUGGCAAGGUGAAGCUGGGAAGGCACAUCUUGACGGGUGAGCGAGUGGCGGUGAAAGUCUUGGAGAAGGAUCGGAUCCAAGAGGUCGCUGAUAUCGAGCGCGUGGCUCGGGAAGUGCAACUUCUGAAGCUCAUCAGGCAUCCACAUGUGGUGCAGCUCUUUGAAAUCAUUGAGACAAAGGGCCAGCUUUAUCUCAUCAUGGAAUAUGCUUCUGGUGGGGAGCUCUUUGACUACAUUGUCCAGCACCAGCGUGUCCCCGAGGUGGAUGCUUGCUGUUUUUUCCAUCAAAUCAUUGCUGGAGUGGAGAAGAUUCAUCAACUGAACGUGGUUCAUCGGGACUUGAAGCCCGAGAACCUGCUACUGGACGAGCACAAAUGCAUCAAGAUCGUUGACUUCGGCCUCAGCAAUCGCUUUGAGCCGAACCAGCUGCUGAAGACAGCCUGUGGCUCGCCAUGCUAUGCCCCACCCGAGAUGGUUUCUGGGCAAAGCUAUGUUCCGCAGAUGUGUGACCUUUGGAGCUGUGGCGUCAUCCUUUUCGCUAUGGUGGUUGCGCUGAGGAUUCCAACACUUCGGCACUUUAUAAGAAGAUCCUCUCCGCCAACUACAGCCCGCCCUCCUUCAUCAGCGAUUCGGUGA